UCCUAACAAAAAACAAUGAAUAGAGAAUCAACCUACGCGCUCUCUUUUCUUCUUCUCAUACUAAUUUCCUUGUUCUUUUUCAAUCUCGUGAACCCUUUUGAUCGAUACUCUCUUUCUCGCUUUGAUUUCUUUUCAUACAUCACCCCCACCAAUUCACAAAAACCACCACUAAAAGAAGCAUGUGAUUAUUCUAGAGGCCAGUGGGUGUGGGACGAAACCUACCCUAAUCAAUUGUACGAUGAAACCUGCCCCUUUCUAGAUCCCGGCUUCCGAUGCCGGCAAAAUGGUCGGAAAGACGUUGAUUAUCGCAAAUGGAGAUGGCAACCGGACGGCUGUGACCUUCCCCGGUUCAACGCCAGUGAUCUCCUAGAGAGGAGUCGCAAUGGACGCAUUGUGUUUGCAGGAGAUUCAGUGGGAAGAAACCAAUGGGAAUCAUUCCUCUGCAUGCUGACAAAAGGAGUGUCAAACGUGUCUAAAAUAUAUGAAGUGAAUGGAAAUCCCAUAAGCAAACACAAAGGCUACCUGGUCAUGAGAUUCCAAGAAUACAACAUGACAGUAGAAUACUACAGAGCACCCUUCUUGUGUAUUAUAGGUCGCCCACCACUCAAUUCAUCUAAUGAAGUCAAAAUGACUAUCAGGCUUGACGAGUUGCACUGGUAUUCCAAUAAGUGGGUUGGUGCUGAUGUUCUAGUUUUAAAUUCGGGCCACUGGUGGAACCGAGACAAAACAAUGAAAACGGGCAUCUACUUCCAGGAAGGAGGGAAGUUAAACAUGUCCAUGAACGUGAUAGAAGCAUUCAGGAAAUCCUUGGAGACAUGGAAGUCAUGGACAUUGCAUAAUCUAGAUCCUAGAAAGAGUUCCGUCUUCUUCCGGGGCUACUCCUCUGUUCAUUACAGGAAUGGCACAUGGAAUGAAGGAGGAGAGUGCGACAUGGAAAAGGAACCAGAAAAGGACCAUACAAAACUUGCAACUGAACCAUAUUAUAACACAUUUAUAUCUGAUGUUGUCGAACAAAUGCAAUAUGGGAGCUGGAAAGUCCACUUUUUGAACAUCACAUAUCUUUCAGAAUUGAGGAAAGAUGGUCACCCUUCAAAAUAUCGGGAACCGGGCACUCCACCUGAUGCUCCUCAGGAUUGUAGCCACUGGUGUUUGCCCGGCGUUCCGGACACGUGGAAUGAACUUCUAUAUGCCCAACUUCUAUCUAAGAAAUUCGGCACUGAUGACAAAUUUCCAGAAAGUGGAGAACAAAGCCAAUCCAAUUUUGAUCAGGCCAGAAAGAAUGUUAAGUUUUGA